AUGAGAUUGCCGAUCAUUUCUCCAGCACGCGAUACAAGUGUGGGAGUGGAUUUGGGCUGUGGAAAUGGCAAAUACCUGUUUCUGCGGUCGGUACUGGGUGAUGCGGCGCAAGACAGCGCCGCGUCGUCGCUUGUCACGCUCGGCUCCGACCGCUGCGCACCGCUAAUUUCUGCCGCCCAACGCAACUUUCCGUCGUUUGAUAUGCAGCGUUUGCACGAGAAGGACUAUGCAUUGAGUAUCGCUACUAUCCACCAUUUUUCGACCCCUGAGCGGCGCAUGAAGUCUAUCCAGGAGUUGAUCCGCCUUAUCCAGCCUGUUGAUGAUGAUAGCCCCACUCCCAUGCCAGUGCCUACUGUACCUGACCGACCAGGUCGCGGUCGAUUUAUGGUGUAUGUGUGGGCGUUUGAACAGCGUGGCGGUGGUCGAAGGCUCUUUGACGAACAAUUGGAGCAUUACCAAGACGACGCUGCUGCUCAGGAUGUACUUGUCCCCUGGAUUAUCAUUUGUUCCGCGAGCACGAGCUAG